AUGGGGAAUUUUGCAACUCGAUUAUCCAGAUUUCAGUUCGCAAAUGUCUCCUUCACACAAAUAUAACACCGGAUUUCACCCUUUCUACAACCUCUUCAAUUUCUUUAUGUUUAUUAUUUACAAUAAGUUCUGUUGGAGGUCUAUACGUCUUCAAAGAUGCGCGUAUUAGUGGUCGAAAUAGAGUCUCGAACAAUCACCCCCGAGUUAUUGUCCAACGUGUAAAAGCUGUUACUACUACUUGUCUUUUAUCGUUCUUGGAAGUAUGGCUAAUUUUUCGUUGGGAAGGAGCAUUUGUAUCUGUAUCUGACUUGUCGAUUCUACGACAGCUUUCAACAACAUUAAAUUUAAUAGGUUUUACUCUUCCCAGCAGAUACCAAAUUUUAUUUAACCAGGCAACACUACCCUUAUUCCUUACAAGCAUACUCUUCCUUGGACCAUUGUUAGUUAUGUGGUUCGACCAGGAAUUACCAUUUCAAGCGCGUUUCAAUUGGUAUCGAGAUGUAAUAGCGUUGAUGAGGAGUUUAAUUGGAUUUAGGAAUUAUAUAUUCGUGACGCAUAUACAUCACGCAUGGGAAUACUAUGUGAAUAAUGGAAAGAACAAACAAGCUGCUAUGAUCGGUAUCCUACAAUCUCUGAUGCAGUUCACAUACACGACCCUUUAUGGAUGGUACGCGACUUUUCUUUUUCUUCGAACAGGUAACAUGCUUCCUCUUUUUCUUUGUCACUCGUUCUGCAAUAUGAUGGGCUUUCCCAGCGUCAAUUUUAAGGGUAUGAGUGCUGGAAGACGAUAUACUAUCUAUGCGGCAUUUCUGAUCGGAAUUUUUGGAUUCUUCUUUUAUUUAUGGGAUCUUACUGAACCACGUUACUUUGAUGCGACGAUUUACGAGGGCUACUGGGAUACGACUGGGUUUAGAGCAAAGUUAGGGUUAAUGCUGGGAGAUAAGAUUAAACCAUUGACAAUCAUCAUCGGUGUCACUGUUGAUUUAGAUGCAUUCGAAUGA